AGAAAUCUUUGCUGAAAGAAGCCUGUGAAAGAAUCCUCUGGAAAGUAGGCAUUGAAUCUCCGGUUAUCAAAAUCUUUACGUGAGAAUUUGUUCUUUAUCCCGAAGCAAAACACAUAGCUGACAAGAUGUGCGACCGCAAGGCGGUGAUCAAAAAUGCUGAUAUGAGCGAAGAGAUGCAGCAGGAUGCUGUGGACUGUGCAACGCAGGCGUUAGAGAAGUUCAACAUUGAGAAGGACAUCGCGGCUUUCAUCAAGAAGGAGUUUGAUAAGAAGUACAACCCGACGUGGCACUGCAUCGUGGGACGCAACUUUGGCUCGUACGUGACGCAUGAGACGCGCCACUUCAUCUACUUCUACCUGGGCCAAGUGGCCAUCUUGCUGUUCAAGAGCGGCUAGGCGGGGCUGUGCCCCUUCAAAAUUUUAUGUUGUUAGCACAGACGCAGUAUUACCGGGCGACGAGUGGCUCCGCGGGCCGCCGGCGGCGCGCGAGUGUGUGUGUGUGACUGGUGACUGGGUGAGUGCGGCACGCCACGCGACUAGGACUAGCCUCAAGCCCACUGUUUAUUAUUUAACGAUGCUGGACUGCGUCGAAUCUCUUCACUUCUUAGUCCCCGGCGCACUCGAUGUAUGUUUGUACUGUGUUAGCUAUAUUUAAGACUCGAUAUUGACUUUGGUAAUACAUUCACUUCUAGUGUAUUUAUAUUAAAAAUUUUAGUUAAUUAUUCCUAGACUUAUUACCUAGCAUAGCGUAAAAGUCAUAUGUUAGUAUAUAACUAAAUUUAUUGUUUAAUUUCUUUGUUAAUACACCCUGUGAAAAUAUUUUUCAAUACUUCUUUAUUAAACUUUCUUACAAACCAA